AUUUAAUCUCAUCCCAUCUUCCAACGUCAACGUCACUGAACUCACUCUCUCCCUUCAAUCUUCAUCCGUCCCUUUUACAAGGGUCAACUGGGUGUUCACUACUACUUGCGAAUUGCAAUCCCAUCAUCUCCAUCUGGACCAUAUCAGAUGUGGUGGUACAAAGAUUAUUAUGACCCUUGUUCACAAUUACAACACAGCAGAAGCAGAAGCAGAAGCAGUAGCAGGUACUACAACCACAACCGCUCUUUUUCUCAAUCACUGUUACCAUUUGUUGUUGUUGUUGUUGUUGUUGUUUCUUCUGAUCCUAUUUUGCUAUUGCUCCGAUGAGAAAGACAUGGCCAUAUAUGGUUGUGGUCCAGUUGGUAAUACCUCUCUUCACAGUUCUAGUUUUAUUUUGCUUCUUUGUUGUCUCCUCCUCCGCCACCUGCAACCCAGAUGACCGUGACUCUCUUUUGUCCCUCAACAUAUCAGUAGCACCUCCCCAUCCUCGUCUCAAUUGGUCUCUGUCUUUGGACUGCUGUCUUUGGGAAGGGAUCCAUUGCGAUGAUAAUUCUUCUCGGGUCAUCUCUCUUCUUCUACCCUCCAGAGGCCUCACGGGGACCCUCUUCAUAUCUAUCACAAACCUUACCUAUCUCUCUAAACUCAAUCUCUCCCGCAAUACCCUCUCCGGUCCUCUCUCUUCUGGGUUCUUCUCUUCCUUUAAUCACCUCCAAUUCCUUGAUUUGAGCUAUAACCAUUUCUCCGGGGAAUUACCAUCAUCUUAUAACGACACCACUGUCCCUCCCCUGCAGACACUUGAUUUAUCAAGCAAUCGCUUCAAUGGAACAAUUCCAUCUUCAUUCCUGCACUCAGUAGUGGGGACUUCCUUGAUUGGCUUCAAUCUUAGCCACAACAACUUCCAGGGCUCUAUCCCCACCUCUACUUUGUGCAGCAACUCUUCUACUUCCUCCCUCAGGUUCUUGGAUUUCUCCUUCAAUAAUUUCGAUGGUCAAAUUUCGAAUGGACUAGGAUUGUGUUCCAAGCUAGAGAUUUUCCGAGCGGGUUUCAAUUCUCUCCCAGGACAGCUCCCAUCUGACAUUUUUGAUGUUGCUGGACUCCAGGAAAUGUCUGUACCUCGUAAUAAACUUUCUGGAAACAUUGACCGACGCAUCCUACGCCUCACCAACCUCAGAAGCCUUGAACUCUACUCCAACCUGUUCGAGGGCCCAAUUCCUCCUGAUAUUGGCCAGCUCUACAACAUGGAAAAUCUGCAACUUCACAUCAAUAACCUCACUGGUUUUCUGCCCUCAUCUCUGGGGAAUUGCACCAAUCUCACCACAUUGAUUUUACGAGUCAACCAUUUGGCAGGUAAUCUCUCCACCUUCGAUUUCUCCCCAUUUGUCCGCCUCACCACCCUUGACCUCGGCAACAACAACUUCACUGGUAACUUCCCACCAAGCCUCUAUUUAUGCAAGUCGCUGACAGCAAUUAGAUUGGCCAGUAACCAGCUAACAGGACAGCUCUUGCCUGACAUAUCUGCCCUGCAAUCUCUGUCUUUCUUCUCAAUUUCAAUCAAUAAUCUAACAAACAGCACGGGGGCCAUGAGGAAUCUGAUGGGCUGCAAGAAUCUCAGUACUCUCAUAUUCACCGAUAAUUUCUUUGGUGAACCAAUACCUUAUUAUGAUGACAACACCAUGGAUGCAUAUGGAUUCCCAAAUCUCCGAAUUUUAGGCUUGGGUGGUUGCCAAUUCACUGGUCAAGUGCCCAACUGGAUUGCUAAGCUCAAGAAAAUCGAGGUCUUGGAUUUGUCUUUAAAUAAUCUCACAGGUACAAUUCCUGGUUGGUUGAGUAGUCUGCCUCGUCUUUUCUACAUAGACUUGUCUUGUAACCUCCUUGUAGGAGAAUUUCCCCAGGAGCUCUGCCAAUUGCCAGCUCUUGUGUCACAACAGGCUUAUGAUCAAGAGGAUAAGACUUUUCUAGGAUUGCCUGUCUUUGUCAUGCCCGGCAAUGCUACCAUUCAACAGUACAAUCAGUUCUCCAACCUUCCUCCAGCUAUAUACCUUGAAAACAACAGCCUAAGUGGCAAUAUUCCUUUUGGUAUUGGCCAAUUGAAGGUUCUUCAUGUGUUGGAUCUCAGCUACAACAACUUCUCUGGCAACAUUCCAGAUCAAAUUUCUGAUCUCUGUAACUUGGAGAGAUUGAUUCUCGCCAGAAACCAUCUAUCUGGUGAAAUCCCUGCUUCACUUACAAGUCUAAAUUUCUUAUCUUCAUUCAUUGUUGCAUACAAUGAUCUUCAAGGACCAAUACCAACCGGUGGUCAGUUUGAUACCUUUACCAUUUCCAGUUUUGAAGGGAAUCCAGGGCUGUGUGGCACAAUCAUGCUGCGUUCUUGUCAAAGUCAACAAGUAAUUGAAACUCAUAUAGGCUCAAACAGAAAGUUUAUUGCCGGAGUCGCCAUUGCAAUCAUUUUUGGCACUGGUUUUAUCAUCACUGUGCUAGCACUGUGGAUAAUGUCCAAGAGGAGGAUUAUUCCGAAAGGGGACACUGACAAGACUGAUUUGGAUUCAAUUUCUAGCAACUCUAAUCCACUGGUUCCCAUUGAGGUUGACAAGGAUACCAACAUAGUAGUAAUGUUCCCAAACAAGGCCAACGAAAUCAAAGAUCUUACCAUAUCCGAAAUCUUGAAAGCCACAGACAAUUUUAGUCAAGCAAACAUCGUAGGCUGUGGGGGUUUUGGUUUGGUUUAUAAAGCAACAUUAGCAAACGGCACCAAGCUGGCUGUUAAAAAACUCUCAGGAGACUUGGGACUGAUGGAAAGGGAAUUCAAAGCUGAGGUAGAGGCUCUCUCCACAGCCCAACACCAGAACCUGGUUUCCCUGCAAGGUUAUUGCAUGCAUGAGGGCUCUCGGCUACUAAUGUAUACCUACAUGGAGAAAGGAAGUCUGGAUUACUGGUUGCAUGAGAAGGCUGAUGGUGCAUCUCAACUGGAUUGGCCAACUCGGCUGAAAAUUGCACAGGGAGCAAGCUAUGGGGUAUCUUACAUGCACCAGAUAUGUGAGCCACAUAUUGUGCAUCGUGACAUCAAGUCCAGUAACAUCCUCCUUAAUGACAAUUUUGAAGCACAUGUUGCAGAUUUUGGUUUGUCUCGGUUGAUUGAUCCUUAUCAGACUCAUGUUACAACUGAGCUUGUUGGUACAUUGGGUUACAUUCCCCCAGAGUACGGGCAAUCAUGGGUGGCCACUUUGAGGGGAGAUGUUUACAGCUUUGGGGUUGUCAUGCUUGAGCUGCUCACCGGGAAGAGGCCUAUGGAGGUAUUCAAACCAAAGACAUCAAGAGAGUUGGUUGGCUGGGUGCACCAAAUGAGGAGUGAGGGCAAACAAGAUGAAAUCUUCGAUCCUCUCCUUGGAGGGAAGGGUUAUGAGGAGGAGAUGCUACAGGUGCUUGAUGUGGCCUGUAUGUGUGUCAAUCCAAACCCUUUCAAGAGACCAACCAUUCAAGAAGUUGUUGAUUGGCUGGAGAAUGUAGGGGCAGCCCCCCAAGAACAAAAUAAGGAUUAGUAUAUAUUGCAUCUAAACACAUCCUGAACAUAUAUACUUACCCAAAAAAAAUUUACAUUUAUUAAUGCAGAUUUUAUCUAA